AUGUUCUUCGUGGGAAUCGCUUCGACAGUGGCAUUGCUCACCACGUUGGGUUGCCUCGUUACUAUCGCUAUUAUUGUGAACGAUAUUAAUGAUCUCAGAGAUAAUGUUCUUACUACCAUGGAUGAAUUUAAGAUUGUGGCUGACAGCACUUGGGAUAAUAUUAUCGCUCUUCACCUAAACCCCACUGGAGAAGAAAGUGCACCAGCCACGUUUGCGACCUUAUUUGGUCGCCGAAAGAAAGACACUGGUUUUCCUGAAAGCUGCAAUUGUGGACCAGUGGGAAGAAACUGCCCGCCUGGACCGCCUGGACCUCCAGGAAAGGAUGGACUACCUGGAUUGGAUGGUAUACCUGGGAAGCUUGGGCGUCCUGGAGUCAAGGGAGUAGCCCUUAGCGUCACUCAUGAUACUCCCGGAGGAUGCGUCAUAUGCCCUCCUGGACCCCCGGGUCCACCUGGCCCCAGAGGACCAUUAGGCCCUCGAGGACCAGAAGGACAUCCUGGGCCAUGCGGUCCGCCUGGAGAUGUAGGCGACAAAGGAGAAGAUGGACCGCCUGGGGAACCCGGACUUGCUGGCGAACCUGGCGUACCAGGAAAGGAUGGUUACCCAGGAGCUGAUGGAUGUCGUGGUUUACCGGGAGAACCUGGACCGCAAGGAGACGUGGGUCCUCGCGGUUAUCCUGGGCGAGAAGGAAAGCCAGGACCAAGAGGAGAAGAUGGAGCACAAGGUCCCCAAGGACCCCCUGGACCUGCUGGUAAACCUGGCAGGGAAGGAUAUUCCGGUCCAAAUGGAGGACCUGGAGAUAUGGGUUCUCCUGGGCGCGAUCAAAACUACUGUCCGUGUCCUCCAAGAAAAUCAGAUAAUUAG